UUUGGCACGUUGUGCUCUACCAUCUCACCCCGAAUAUCUCGUUUUUCAUCAAUCUUUGCCAACGUUUUCUAUCCACCAUGUCCGCCAGUCCUUCUCCAUCCGCCGGUGGCGAUAGCAAGCAGUCUGAUCAGAUUCAUUUUCGGUUCUGUCGUGAAUGUUCGAACUUGCUUUACCCGAAAGAGGACCGCAUCAACAACCGCCUGAUGUUCACCUGCCGAACCUGCCAUGUCGGCGAACCUGCCACCUCAUAUUGCGUAUACCAAAACAAGCUGAACACACAAGUCGGUGAUACUGCCGGUGUGACUCAGGAUGUAGGAUCUGAUCCUACGGUUAGUCUCCCUGGGUUUUGUCUCCUUUGUGGGGAUGUGGUCACUUGUUUUGUCUGUGGAUCGGGCUCUGAAACCGCUUGGCCCGAUGAGGCAUAUAAAACUUGCCUGGAACUUGAAUCCCAUGAGUUGUAAAGGCAAACAUGGCUUGGAAUCCUCGGGCUAACCUGCGCUUUCUUCUCUCUAGCUUCCCCGAUCCAACAAGGUCUGCCCAAGUUGCGGUGAAGCCGAAGCCGUGUUCUUCCAAUCCCAACAACGAUCAGCGGAAACAGGAAUG